AUGAUAACCGGCGAUUCAAUCGACGGUGGAGAUUUCAUCAGCUCUUUACCUGACGUGAUUCUCCACCAUAUCCUCUCCUCUGUUUCGACCAAGUCGGCGAUCAGAACCUCUGUUUUGUCCAAACGAUGGAGGUAUGUAUGGUCUGAGACACCUUCUCUCUCCAUUGAUUGUCAUAGAGCCAACCCUAAUUCGAUCGACAAAACCCUAACUAGCUUCUCGGCUCCCAAGAUCACGGCUUUUCAUCUCCGUACAAGCUUGCACAACAGGGUUCAACCCAUUAACGGCUGGAUCGAAUUCGCCAUUUCUCGCGACGCGGAGAAGCUUUCGUUUGAGUUCCGUGAUUCUUGUGUUAGGGAUUACAAUUUUCCUGAUUUCUUCUACACCAAUUCAUCUGUGAAGCAGCUCUUUGUCAACUCUGGAGCUGUUGAUUUGAUUCCCAGAUGCGCAGUCUCUUGGGNCUAG